AUGGCUACUAUUGACGAAAAGAAAGACCCUAUCGGGCUAGUUGAAGGCGGUGUACUGGACGAAAUGGACGAGGAGGCUCGUCGUCACGCCGAGCUCGAGGCAAAGCUCAACAAAGACCUCGAUGAGAAGAUCCUUUCCAACCCGAACUCCUUCCCCAAGGCCGUUUUCUUCAUUAUCCCCAAUGAGAUGGGAGAGCGAUUCUGUUUCUACGGUAUCAACCCUCUUCUCAAGGAUUAUCUCAAGGAGUUUGUUGGUUACAAGUCCAACAAGGCUGAAGCUAUGGUCCACGUUUACAAAUCCGUCACCUACUUCUUCCCUCUUGUUGGUGCCGCGAUUUCCGACUCUUUCUUGGACAAGUACAAGACAAUCGUGUCCUUGUCCACCUUCUACCUCCUUGGUGUCUCUCUCUUGGCUAUAUUUUCUAAGCCCGGUGUGAUCGGCACACCACCAACGGUUCCCGAAUGGGGCCCUUUGCUCGGUCUCUUCCUCAUCGCAUUCGGCACGGGAGGUAUCAAGCCCUGUGUGUCCUCUCACGGUGGUGAUCAGUUCUUGUCUGUGCAAAAGCUUGAACUGAACAAGUUCUAUAACUACUUCUACAUGUCCAUCAACGUCGGAGCUGUUGCUGCCGGUUUCAUCACCCCCGCCAUUAAAAACAGAAGCUGCUACGAUCUCGCUGGAGGAAAGGACUGUUACGCUUGGGCUUUCGGUGUCUACCGCCCGUUUCCUAUUCCCAAGAAUGCUCUUACAAACGGCUUCAACCACGAGAAGGCAAAAGCUGCAGCUUCCGAGUCCCAGGGUGAAACUAAUGUGAUCGAGCUAUUUGAUCUUCUCCGCGUCAUUAUGGUUAUUUCCCCCGCGCCCUUCUUCUGGAUGGCAUUCGACCAGAACAAUACUUCAUGGCAAUCUCUUACUGAUCAAAUGAACCGAAGUGUUUGGCCAUCGUCUGAGACUAUCAACGCCGUCAUGAACCCCUUGCUGAUUGUUAUCCUCGCACCUAUCUGGGCCAACUUCAUCUACCCUGCCAUUGAACGUCGAGUGCAAUUUGGUCUCUUGAGACGUAUGGUCGUCGGAAUGAUUCUCUGUGGUCUUGCCUUCAUCGUUUGCGGUAUUAUCCAAAAUCGUGUCAGCAGCAACUGUGUUGUCCGUGAGUUCACAAAUGCGGGCGUCACGUCAACUGAGUGCAUUGACGACGGAAUCAGCACACCCAUCUUUAUCAUUCCAUACUUCAUUAUGACUACUGGUGAGAUUUUGUUCUCCAUCUCCGGAUUGAACUUCACCUACAUGGAAGUCGGCAAGCGAACAAAGUCAUCCUGUGCUGCCCUGUGGUUGUUGGGAACCGCUCUUGGAAACGUCUUUGCCACGGCACUUUUCGAGUCACCCAUUGGUGAUACUGACCACACCGGCCGUGCAAAGUUCUUCUACAUCAACGCGGGUAUCUGCUUUGGUGCAUCUAUCCUUCAGAUGUUCCUCAACCGUUUCUACGUCUACAAGGCUGACCGAUAG